GCCGCAGGGAAGCGCCACGGGGGAACGAGGUGGCGUUCUUGGCGUUAGACCGUUGGAAAUGGCGGGAUUGGGCCAUUGGUUGAUGCUGCUGGUGGUGGUGACAAUAACGCUAGACGAUGCAGAUGGUGUUAAUUGUCCUGGAAAUCGUGACUGGUACAUGUGGAAUGAUCACUGUUAUCUUUGGAAAGCAUCUUUAACAGCUACUUGGGAAAGAGCAUUAAAUAUCUGCAGAGCUUAUAGAGGCACUGACUUGGUGUACUUGGACAGUAUAGGUGAAAAGGAUUGGCUUACAACUCAAGUCACUGGAGUCUUUUGGACUGGACUCAAUGAUCGGGCAAAUGAAGCUGUUUUCCAGUGGACAACAAAUAGUUCUCUGGAUGCAAAUCUAGAGCCGUUCUUAAAGAAAGAUUUAAUGAAUGGAGAUUCAAAGGACUGUGUAGAGAUGGAUGCAAACACAGGACUACUAAUGGACAGAAGCUGCUCAGAAAUAAAAACAUUUGUUUGUAAAUCAAAAAAAUUUAUGGACUGGUUUCUGAAAGAGGAGAAGAGGGGACUAAGUUCCAAACCUCCGUAUUCUUACGAUUCAAGAGCAACUUUAGCUGAAGCCAAAAUCGCAUGUUUGCAGCGAGGGACUGCUUGCACGGCAGUGCUGGAGACUAAUGUUCCAAACAUUUUCUAUAUUCUGCAUUCUUCACCAAUCAUUACACACAACUCUGUUUCCAACAUCUAUAUUCCAUCAGUUGACUCCAGAAGGUUGCAGAGUGUUGAAUAUAAAGAUGAGGUGCUGUUUCUCAAGCUUGUGUUGAACUUCACUACAACAGUAUUGCAGACUAAGGAGUGA